AGCUUGUUAGCGUUAAAAACAAGAAGCUAACAUGGGAGCGAUGGUCUGUUAGCGGUGAUGUUAACGGACUUGUGCUUCGCUGUGCUUGGCUGUGAGCUCUGCAGACGACGGUCUGAUGAGAUUGCAUCACUGACUGGGUGAUGUCCGCCCAGCCUCUGCAGCAGUCCGGGGAGGAUCCAGCAGCCUGCUAACUACUGAGCCAGCCCGGCUAGCUGAUGCUGAUGACUGGCUGUUUCCUGACAUUGAUUUGCAGUGGGAGGCACCAUGGCCGGUAAGGUGAAGUGGGUGACAGAUAUUGAAAAAUCAGUGCUCAUCAACAACUUUGAGAAAAGGGAAUGGAUUCAAGUCACCGAAAACGAGGACUGGAAUUUCUACUGGAUGAGCAUCCAGACCAUCAGGAACGUGUUCAGUGUGGACACUGGCUACCGCCUGUCAGAUGACCAGAUGGUUAACCACUUCCCCAACCACUAUGAGCUGACCAGGAAGGACCUGAUGAUCAAGAACAUCAAACGCUACCGUAAGGAGCUGGAGAAGGAAGGAAGCCCGCUGGCAGAGAAGGACGAAAAUGGAAAAUACAUUUAUCUAGAUUUUGUCCCUGUGACGUUCAUGCUCCCGGCCGAUUAUAAUUUGUUCGUGGAGGAGUUUCGUAAGAAUCCGUCCAGCACCUGGAUCAUGAAGCCCUGUGGGAAGGCCCAGGGCAAAGGCAUCUUCCUCAUCAACAAACUGUCCCAGAUCAAAAAGUGGUCCAGAGACAGCCGCACUUCCACGUUUGUAGCAGCCUCUAGUGGCAAGGAAGCAUAUGUCAUCUCCCUGUACAUUGACAAUCCUCUGCUAAUAGGAGGGAAGAAGUUUGACCUGCGUCUUUAUGUCUUGGUGACCACUUAUCGGCCUCUCAAAUGCUACAUGUACAAGCUGGGCUUCUGUCGGUUCUGCACAGUAAAGUACACACCCAGUACAAGUGAACUGGAUAACAUGUUUGUUCACCUCACUAAUGUGGCCAUCCAGAAACAUGGGGAUGACUACAACCACGUUCAUGGAGGCAAGUGGACGGUCAGUAACCUCCGUUUGUACCUAGAAAGCACCAGAGGAAAGGAUGUGACCAGCCGACUGUUUGACCAGAUCCACUGGAUUGUGGUGCAGUCCCUGAAAGCUGUGGCUCCUGUGAUGAACAACGACAAGCACUGUUUUGAAUGUUACGGGUACGACAUCAUUAUUGAUGACAAGCUGAAGCCAUGGCUUAUUGAGGUCAACGCCUCUCCUUCGUUGACCUCCAGCACGGCCAACGACCGCAUCCUGAAGUACAACCUCAUCAACGACACCCUCAACAUUGUCACACCCAACGGGGACAUCCCUGACUGCCGCUGGAAUCGCAGCCCACCCCGAGAGGCCCUGGGCAACUAUCAAGUUCUGUAUGAUGAGGAGCAGACGCAGAGCGAGAAUGCUGAGCGUGACCUGCGGAGCCGCUCAGGUCAGUCGCUGGGGUCAAAAGGCACCAAGGGGAGUGCAGGCGUUCGCCCCACUGCUGCCACCUGGAAGUGAGGUGAUACUGAUGACCCUUAAUGACUUCCUGUACGAUAUUACAGGGUCCUCAAGUGGGGCAAGGAGGAUAAAAAAAGGACCACCCAGACUUUUUUUAGCCCAACUAUUCAAUGGAAGGCUGCUCUCUCUGUCCACAUUUCACUGACUGAGGCACAGGGGGCAAUAACCCUGCUGCUGAAGGGGAGAGAAAUCCACAACGGGGUUAUAUUUGGAGAGUUUAAAGGCCAGAGUUUGUGGCUUUUUGUAUGAAUGUGUAACCAACAAUGUAGAAAUUAUGUUGAUACGAAGGUCAGUAUCACAUGACAUCUCUCAGCAACAGUUUUCAAGCCAGACCAAGGUCUUUGCAUAGACAAUAGAAGUAGAAUGGCAGUUAUACAAAAUGAAGAGACUGUCUGUAAUAGUUGGAAUAAAAAUUACAAAAAUCCAAGGUGAAGAAGAAGGAUGAACAACCUGAACUAUGCACGAUUACUGAGUACUGACAUUUUAACUUAACCCACCACACAGAUGCUAAAAAGAAGGAGCUCUGUGAUAUGCACUGUACGGAAACAAAGAAACAGAGAGAGAUCUAACAAAUAGAAAAUGUAUAAAGAUAUGAUUUAUUGUUAGGAUGCUGAUAGAUUGAAUUAGCAGAACUAAAUGUAUAAUGACCCUUAAAUAGAAUUUAAUGUUUUUUUAAUAUGUUCAUUAUCAGUAUGUUUAUGCAGGGGGGGUUAAUUAAGAUUGAUUGUAUUCAGUGCUGAACCCUGUUGCACUUUAUCACUUUAUUUACUUAACUGAUAUCCAGUGUUGCAUUUUGAGUUGGACUGCUGACGUCAUAUCUGCUGCGCAUUUUUAAAUCUAACAUAGACAAGAAUCCUGCAAUUUUCCUACAGCUACUGAAAUGUUGAACAACUGAUGAUGAGUAAACAUCCACGUUUUUAAUUCUCUAAUGUAGGGCUGAACAGUACUGGCAAAAAACACACUGUGAUAUUUAAUUUUCCUCUGGGUAAAUUGUUGAAUUUUAAGUUGCAUACUCACCAUGAGUAUUAAGCAUUUACCUUCUGUAAAAUUACUCACUAAAGGAAUGAUUUGGGAAGUUUACCCUUGAACAUGAGUUUGUUCAACAUGAUCUUAAUAAUCCCUUUGCUUUACAUGUCAUCCUACAGUACAAUGUUGAUGCUGAAAGUAUCGUUCAGCCCUGUUCUGAUGUAUAAACUCAUUUGAUGAUUUGUGGAAUUAAAUGCUGCUUUUGUAUGACUAGUGUUUGUUGAUUUUGCUUUGAAAUAACAAACAGAAUGUAAAAUUCUCUACUAAUUAUUCUUUAUCUUAUCGCUCUUAAAACAUUCUGCUCUUUUAAAAAAAAAAAUCCAUUUCAUGCUAUGCUAACAUGAUGGAGUUGGGGUUUUUCGUUUCUUGUCACUUCGCUGCAGUAAGGGCCCCUGCAGCCUUUGAUGAAUCUAAUCUGCCUGGAGUGUAGAUUAAUCAGAGGCCAAUCCUUCAAAAGGCAAAUGACCUCUGCUCCUAUGUCCUUGCUAUUACCACGGGAGUAAAGUAGGUCUCUGCAUGGCACCGUUCCUUCACCUUGAAAGUUUGACGCCUCCUCUCCACCCCCACCACAUUGUUGUUUCCUCCUUGCAGUUGGUUACUACAUGUAGCAUAGCAGCUGGACAAGGCAAGUAAGUCAUGCACGUGUUGAUCUGUGCUCUCUAACCAAAUUCCUCUAACCAUCCGAUCUGCAGUGAGACAUACACAUCCUCCUGUGCUAAAGAGUGAAUUUACCGAGCGUUGGAAUGAAUUCUGAGGAGUGUUCAGCAGAUGUCAAAUAAGACCUAGAUCCCACUGCUGGUUG